CUAGUAACAAUACAUCUACUCAUUAUGUCUGGCUACAACGACAACAACUACGGCAACAAUGGCCACAACAAUGGCUAUGGCGAUGGCGAUCGUCGAGGAGAAGCCAGUCAGUACUACGGCCAGGGACAUUCUGAUCGCCAGCAAUCAUUCUCCGGUGACCAGGGAUAUGACAAUCAACAAGGAAACAGGCAUGGAGAAGGCUACGGUCGCCAACAAGACUACAGUCGUGAACAAGACCACGGCCGCCAACAAGACUACGGUCGUGAACAAGACCAUGGUCGUCAGCAAGAUUAUGGCCGUGAACAAGAACAUGGUCGUCAGCAAGAUUACAGCCGUGAACAAGAGUAUGGCCACCAACCACCACAAUACCAACAAUACGCGUCUACCGCUUCUCACUCGUCAAACUCAGGCCGAAACUCGCACAAUCAAGGUUCCCAAAACCAGUAUAACGGCGAGGGUGACCCAGAAGGCGAACGUGGCAUCAUGGGAGGUAUAGCCGGCGGAGCCGCAGGUGCAUACGGCGGUCAUGCUCUCGGCGGAAAAUCUGGUCAUGGCACAUCGGGUAUGAUCGCAGGUGCUCUGGCGGGUGCAUUUGCGGGACACAAGGGUGAGGAAGCUGCGUCUGACUGGAAAGACGAGCGAGACGAGAAGAAGAAAAAGGAGCAUGAGCAGCAACAGCAACACAACCAACAAGACCACCAACAGCAGGACCAGAAGCCUCGCGGUGGCAAUUUCGCGGGCAAUUUCACUGCAACUGCGAGGGAUAUUCGUCUCGACGCCCAUGGCGAGUACAGUCUACACGCUCAGUGCAGGAGAACAGACGGAUCCUACGAAUCCAGCACCAUUUCCUUGAACAAGUUCUUGGAAAAUGACAACGGCAGCUUCCAUUGGUCUAGCCAGAACCAUGGAGGUCCGUCAACUGUCACGGUCCAGCAGGGUGAUACGCUUCGGGCUAUUGCUGCUAGGCACAACUGUGGCUUUGAGGAGAUCGCACAGCAUAAUGGUAUUCAAAAUGCGGACAUGAUCUACCCAGGCCAAGUGCUUCGCGUUCCUGGUGGUGGUAGUGGAAGUGGGGGUAACUUCGGCGCAUCGGCUAAAGACAUGCGUCUCGUCGAUGGGGGCCAGAGAUUGGAAGGCGAGCUGCAGCGCGAUGGCAGGUGGGUGCAGGCCUCGAUCGUCUUGGACGAGAGAAUUGGGAAUGUGAAUGGAUGCUUGGAGUUUGUGUAGACGGCGUGACACUAUCCGCUCAGAAAAGAAAUGCAGUUCUGCCAGACUGAGGACUAGGGGUGGUGAUGGCCAUUGAAUUCAACAUUUUAUGAGAUUGGACGAAGUGCGGUCGCUUGUAUCAACAUAAGUAAAAAGAGAUUACAUCGUAAAAGAUCUACAUCGUUUGCAAGUAUUGCCAUGCUCAACUCAGCGAAUUCCGUGCCGUUUUUCUCAGGAGUAACGUUGUCAGACUUGCGAGACAAACUCACCUAUAUAGCAAGCGCUCGUUACCAGUUUGGAAUUAGCGCCUCUCAGUCAUUCUGGCGCGAAGGAUACCGCUCUAUUCAAUCUAGGGGUUUGACUUAUCCUCAAAAGCUUUAUCAUUGUGCGAAUCUUGAAAGAAGCCUACACUCCAUUGUAAAGUAUUCCAUCAAUAAACAUCCAGUGCGAAAUCUGAUUGAGAGAGUCCGAAC